AUGCGAACGCUCUUGGCCAUUCGCGUCGGCCUUGUCCGCAUCUCCUCCCCCGCCGGCUCCCCAAAUGAACACGGACCAUCCCCUCUCCGCCGCUUGAAAUCCAAGUCCUCCCUUUGGAGUCUUGGAAGCAGCAAGCACAGCGCCCACGAAGACGAAGGUCAAGAGCCUAGCAGUGCGGAAAAGAAUAACGGUAAUAUCUUCCUCCGCCGCCUUUCGCCCGCCCUCGCGGCGAGGGUCAAGUUGCUCGAACCCGGCAGCAAGGUGACCAGUGCGCCUCGCAACCCUACAGUCGGCCGGAUCCCGGAAUCCCAUAUCAAGGAGCUGGACAGUUUACACCAGGAUCUGUCGAUCAAGGUUGAGCGGAGGGGUCAAGCGUGGAACGGAACAACGUACACAUCUCCACCGACAACGCAGACACCACACCGCAGCGCAUCCCACACACUCGAACUACCCAGCCACGAUCUUCUACGGGAAAUUUCAGAGGCCCUCAGGUCAGGUUCAGGGUUAGAAUACGCCAACGCCGUCGCUGACGACCAAGAGCCCCCAUUUCUGGCCGUACCACUGCCUGCGCCUGUCCUAGACGCACAGAGUAACUCUCCGCCGACAUCGAUGUCUGUUGUGGAAUCUUCCCCAGCGCCGCCGCGCGCUAAUGCAGAGCCAACCGAAGAGAUUGUGCUGAACGAGAAGACGGAAGAUACGAGAACCGAUUUCGAGAAAUAUGUCGACGACACAAAACGGCAUGAGGAGGAGUCGGAUGAUGCACCUCCGGUCCCCCCACCUAAAGAUUCUCCACCAGCUUCUAUACACUCUUCUUCCAAUUCGCAGUCAUAUUCCAAUCCGAAAGGGACGCAGCGUGCGGAUUCAAUAUACUCUUUCUCGCGUGCAUCUUUCAGCAACCAGCUCUACCAACUGACCUCCAUUCCCCUCCCGCAAGCCGAAGUACUUGAGGCGAGCAUUUCGAACAUUGCGACAGCUCCUGCAGCAGUUCGUGUCUUGAAUGGUCAUGCUGAUCAAAUUCAAAUAUGGAUCUCAAGAGCUGCAAACGUUCUCAGUGGUUUGGAUGCCGAGGAUGACGUGGAGUGGGCAGCAGCAGGUGGCCGAGAAGGUCUUGAAGGAGUAGACAAGGCCAUUGUUCAGUUCGCUACACUUGUCAACGUCUACAUGACAUCGAUCGAGAACGUGCAAUUAAGAGAGGACAUCGCUAAGGUCGACGCAGACAGCUUGAGGACCGUGAUCAGCCAGAUGGAGAUCAUCACUACGAAAUGGACAGGCAUAGAGAACAAGCUGAAAGGCGUGAAACGACUUGUGGAACUCGCAAUGGAAUGGGAAGAGCUUUGGUCCAAUGUCUUAGGCGACGUGGGCAUGGAAAUUGACAACUUAAGUGGAAUGAUCUUCGAAAUGGAAGAGAAACGUCACCAGAGUCUCAUGGACCCAGCUGAGCCUGCCGGGGGCCUUGAUAUCAAUGAACUCGAGACAAUUGUGGAGGAAUCCCCGACCAAGGGCCGGUCGCCUGCUAGCCGAUUGAGUAUGGGUCCUAUGUUGGCAGCGGCGGCUGGUACGCCUGUCAUCAAGACUCCGCAGGACGACACGAGUUACUCUAAUCUGAUGGCUUUAUUUGCACGCAUGCAACCGUUGCGUGCAUCUUUGGACUUCUUGCCUAUGCGACUAUCAAUGUUUCAGUCACGGGCCGAGGACGUUUUUCCGAGUGCAUGUGAGGAACUUGAUGAGCGGCGAGAACGUCUAGAGAAGAGUUACAAGGUACUUGAGGCAGACGCGACGGCUUUGAAGAAGGAAUUGGGGGAGGACAAGUGGAUUAUAGUGUUCCGCAACGCGGGCAGCCAAGCACAGAAGAUGUUUGAAUCGGUUGAGCGCAGCAUCGCGAAGUUGCAAGAAGCCUUGGAGAGCAACUCGCAGGUGACUAAUCCAUCGAGCUUGACCAAACGAAUAGAAAAUUACGAGGCGAAGAAGAUGCACUAUGUACCCGCCAUCGAACGUGUGAUUGCGAUUAUACAGAAAGGAGUCAAUGAUCGCUUGACAGUGAAUGGCGAGAUCUUGCGACUCUUGUCAGACAUGACAUCUCGAACGGAUGCACUCAAAGCCAGCCUUCGGGUGAUGGAUACGUCUUUAGAAGAUGUGCAGAUCAUCAGGGGGCAGCAAUUGCGAGAUUCUAUAUCGAGCAUUGUCACAAUGGACAGCCCGGCGACGGGCAGUGUGAUCGACACACCCGGCAGCUCGCCUGCGUCGUCGGUAGUCAUGGGUGGAAAUGGGUGGAAAACGCCAAUGGGUGGCUCAAGCCAUCGUGAGAGCUCCGUGGGCAGUGCGUCAGCACGAUCAACCAUGUCCAAGGUUCGACGUGGAAUACCGCAGGCGGCGGCGACUCUGACUGGACGCAAGUCUUCUAUCCCAAUACCGUCCGGACUGGCAUCUCCCACACCCUCUUACGCCAGCUCCUCUAUCACUCCGACACCAGCUUCUCGCAGAAUAUCUCGCACUCCUCAACCCACCUCUGCCAUCUCAAACCGCCCUCGAUGGACCAACAGUACGAAAUUGAGCGACGACUCAAGCAAUUACACUCUCCGAAAGUCAUCCGCUCCAGCGCGUACGCCCCGGCCAUCAUCGACUCUCCCCAAUCCAUUUAGAAGAGAAUCCACCGCCUCUCCUGCACCGGGAGCAGGGCCAGGACGUUCCCUCAGUCGGUUAUCGAAUCGACUGGCUUCAUCAUCACGGAGUCCCGCGCGGAACAUCUCCUCCCCUACGCUCGCCCGCUCCUCCCUGCUUGAUCCGCCCCCUUACAGUCGCCUUCGGCGACCCUCAGGCUUGGCCGAUGCCCCUCGCAGCCGCCAAAGCUUCGCCGGAAUGCCAUCAUUUAGUCGUAGCGUCUCACGGGCUCACGAAUCAUCCGAGAGCCCGACCAAAUCAGCGCGCCCUGGCACUGCUCUAGGUCACUCAACAAACAAACGAGCCAGUCUUCUCCCCUGCCCAAGCGACACGAUAAACCCGCCGCCCAGCCUGUUGACACAAAACCGCGAUGGAGAGCCUAAGCUACUCGCACCUCCACCUCAUCCUCUCCAAUACCCUAUAUCCCUACCAUUUUCUCUUCUACCCUUGUCUUAUGUUUUAUUUACUUGUGCAUUGCGCCCCAGCCUUCUUGGCAAAAGUCGGAGGUGA